AAACCCAUCCUAUAAGUGCGCGGCGGGCGCGGGGCCGGGCAGUACCAGGGCCAGAGCGAAACAUGCCACAGUACGACACGGCGGCAGCGCCCAGGGACGGCGCCUGGGCACAGGUGAGUGUGGCAGCAGCAGCAGGGACGGGGACGUACCCGAAGCGGGUGAAGGUGGUGGAGGUGGGACCCCGCGACGGGCUCCAGAAUGAGAAGAACGUUGUGCCCACCCCGGUGAAGAUCAAUUUGAUCAACAUGCUGUCAGAGACGGGGCUGCAGGUCAUAGAGGCCACCAGCUUUGUGUCCCCCAAGUGGGUCCCUCAGAUGGCUGAUCACACUGAGGUCAUGCAGGGCAUCAAUAAAGUGCCUGGGAUCAGUUACCCUGUGCUGACCCCCAACCUGAAGGGAUUCCAGGCAGCGGUGGCUGCAGGGGCCAAGGAAGUGUCGAUCUUUGGAGCAGCAUCCGAGCUGUUCACGAAGAAGAACAUCAACUGUUCCAUAGAGGAGAGCCUGGAGAGGUUCAGUGAGGUGAUGGCAGCAGCAAGGGCAGCCAACAUUCCUGUCAGGGGGUACGUUUCCUGUGUCCUUGGAUGCCCCUACGAAGGGAAGAUUUCUGCAGCUAAAGUUGCAGAGGUCUCCAAGAAGAUGUACUCCAUGGGAUGCUACGAGAUCUCCCUGGGGGACACCAUCGGCGUGGGGACCCCCGGGAGCAUGAAGGAGAUGCUGACCAUGGUGAUGAAGGAGGUGCCCGUGGGGGCUCUGGCUGUUCACUGCCACGACACCUAUGGACAGGCCCUGGCCAACAUCCUGGUGGCCCUCCAGAUGGGGGUGAGCGUGGUGGACGCGUCCGUCGCCGGCCUCGGGGGCUGCCCCUACGCCCAGGGAGCGUCGGGGAACGUGGCCACGGAGGACCUGGUGUACAUGCUGAACGGGCUGGGCAUCCACACGGGUGUGGAUCUGCAGAAGCUCAUGGACACGGGCACCUUCAUCUGCAACGCUCUCAACCGAAGAACCAACUCCAAGGUGUCCCAGGCGUCCUGCAGACUGUGACACUGAGGGGAGUUUCUCCCUGGAUCGAGAAGAAAGCGAGGAUCUGGCACUGCCUGGAAUUCCUCUCUGAUCUCCAGUGCUCCUUCCUGGCUCAGCACUUGAGAGGAAACUCAUAAUCCACCAGAAUUUAUGAAGAAAUGAGGGAAACGAGAAUAUUAGAUUUGAUCUUGAGGAUGUCACCAUUUGCCUUAGGGAAGGGAGGAUGUGGAUGGGCUCUGGUCAGACCAGCAUCCACUGACUCCUGCCUUGAGCCUUAGGCCACCAGCCAAGGAUAACCCACAGUUUUUCCAGUUGGAGCACUUCUCCAGGUCAGGCUUUGCCCUUCCCUUCUCACUACGAGUGUUAAGCCUGAGUCAAAAGCCUCUGAAUGUCCUGGGGCAGCCUUGGACAGUCUUACAGGGAUUGUGGCAAAGGACAGUGUAUCUGUUGUAAGAUACCUUUAAACACUAGGAUAACAAACAUUAUUUAACAUUUUGAACAAAUCACGUUUCUAAUAAACUGAACCAGUUAAAGCUGCUGCUUCGGUUCCAAGUGAAAACACCACAUCAGCUGGGGCCGUGGCAGAGAGUGUGAAACACCCCCUGCUCCUCAUAGGUCAUGAGGAAACCCUCCCCCAAAAAAUUUCUAUUUAAAAUAAUUUAUUUUAGUUUAUUUGUGAGGUGGGAGCCUCGUCCUUCUUUUGGGUGGGGUUCGUGGCUGUGCCUUUCUCUGCGUACGGCACCGUCUCUCCACAUCCCUUCAGUGAACUGUAGCAAUUAAAUAAACGUUCCACAA